AUGGGUAUAUCAUAUAAGCGUCGAUCUCAACUGAAGAAUUGUAAUAAAAUUCGAUUAGAAAAGCAGCAUAACAAGACGAUGAUUAAUAAUAUAAAUCAGUGUUUGGAUACAAUGGAUUCUAAUCAACUUCAAUACAUUCUAAAUACUAUACAAAGUACUUUAACUAUGAGCGAAGAUAAUUCACAACCUGUAAUUGAAA